AUGGGGAACACAGUGAGCAUCCCAGAGGAAACUGAAGAAGAAAAUACAUGCACAGUGAAGAGCUACCAGGUUCUGUCUGAAUCUCCUGACAACAUUAAAAAUGGAUCUGUUGCUUUUGUUCAGACUCAUUCUCCUACAAUGAAUGGUGAAGGGCGUACUGAAGAUCCAGCUACAGAUUCAUCAGUUGGAUCGCCGAGGCUUGAUGUCAGCUCCGAGGAGCCUGCAGUGAACAAAGGGCCAAGUGACAGCCUGGAGGUUCCCGCGGCAGCUGCACGGGAGGAAGGGUCACAUAAAAACCUGAGCCAGGCCCUGCCGCCAGCCUCGCUGGGCAGCAUCCAUCUCACAGCAUCAGUGACACCUGAGGGAGAGGGAACGGCCGCCUCAAAGCCAAAACAAGUAACCUUCUUUGACAGGAUCUUCAAACUGGAGAAGGGAAAGGAAAGCAGUAAGAGGCAGAGUGACCCCCAGGAGGAAAGACAGAGCUCAGACCUGCCCGACGGGCACGUCACCGUGACAGAGGCUGCAGGGUUACAGAGCACGGCGACCAGCGUCCCACGGGGGAAGGAGAUAGAUGACUGCAACCAAAAAGACCUACGGCAGGACUCAGCAGGUGUCACUGGUCCCAUUGCUGAGCAACCUGAAAAGGCAGAGGUAAAACCAGACAACCCCCAGCCAGCUGCUGCUGCAGACAACUCCAUCAUGAGUUUCCUGAAAACACUGGUCUCCCCAAAUAAAGCUGAAGCCAAAAGUGAUUCUGAAGACAAGGGCUCGAAAGCAGACAGAGGCCAUGGUGGGCACCCUGCUCCGAAGCUGCUGGCAGAACCCCAGGCUAAAGGAGCCAAGAAAAAGAAGGCAGAGAGUCCCAAGCUAGGACACAGCACAUUUAGCAAACUCUUUAGGCAUAAGGCUGCAAAAGAGACCCAACAGACAACUAAUACCAAAAGCCCUGAGCAGCAGCCUGUUACCUCUGUAAAAUCAGACAAAAAUGUCUCUUCCCCUCAAGAGCCACAGACAACUAAACAGAACACAAAAGCCCCUGAGCCUGCAGCCCAACAGCAGGCAGUGGCCACUGAAUCCAAUAAAGAGGUGAUGAAGGAGAGAGCAUCAUCAGCUCCUAUGCCACUGAGCAAGCUCUUCUGGAAAAAGAACACAUCGGAAGAAGCAGAGAUCAUAAGCAAUGAAAAAGCAGACACGUCUCCAGAGGCAGUGACUCCUGACAAGGACGAGAGCAAGAGCCCAGAAGCUGCAGAAGUGAAACCGAGAAGAGAAGAAAGUAAAACCCCCAAAGCGAACCUGAGGAAGUUUUUUAAACUGUCAGUCAAGGGUGAUGGAGGAACAAGCAGUUCAGAAGAGGUAAAUGGCCCAAGCCCCAGUCACCAAACAUUAAACUCCACAGAGAGGCCAGUUGCCCCAGCUGAAAGUGAACCUGUGGGCCAAAAGAGCAAAGAGAGUUCAAAAGACAAGAAGUCUUCAGUGGUGCUGAGCAAGCAAAAGGGCAGCAAACAGGAAACCAGGGAGCAGCCAGACUCCAGGGAGCAGCCAGCAGCCGAGACCGACUCCAUCCAGAACGGAGGAGACUCUUCGAAGGAACCCUCCUUCAAGAAGACAGAGAAGAGGCAGUCACUCGGAGGGUUUUUUAAGGGUCUUGGCUCCAAAAGGAUGUCUGAUGCUGAAGUGCAAACAGAUCCAGUGUCCAUCCUACCUGCUGGGAAAUCCAAGUAA